UCGGUGUAUGUGGUGUGAAACUCCCACGAGAGUGAAAAUUCUCACCUUUUUAAUUGCUGGAACGCUUUAUUGAAUGCGUUUUACCGACGUAAUGGCACAAUGGAGCUUUUCGUUGUACGGGUAGCCACUUCACACAAACUAAAACGGCGUUUUUUUUUUUUUUUUGUCAGGGGUUGAGCCACACAACGUACUCAAGUGCUGCCAACAUGUCAUGGUCGCGGCUCCGAACCUGCCGCUGUUACCGGAACCGGGCGGUCACUCUCGGGGUCUUUCUUUGCCCCGCCGCUGCUACAAAACUACGAAUUCAACGCCAGCUGGAUUCCGCCUUCAGUCGACGAUGCGGCACCACGGCUGGAGGCGAGGUACGGGUCAGGUUCGCCCCAAGUCCGACAGGUUACUUGCACCUCGGAGGCCUCCGCACCGCUCUCUACAAUUACAUCUUCGCCAAGAAGUACGGCGGCUCAUUCAUCCUGCGCCUGGAGGACACGGAUCAAAGCAGGCUGGUACCAGGGGCUGCUGAGGCCAUAGAGGACAUGCUAGAGUGGGCAGGUAUACCUCCAGAUGAGAGUCCAGGCCGAGGCGGGCCGUUGGGUCCGUACCUGCAGUCGAAAAGAUUGGACCUUUACAGACAGACGGCAUCGCAACUAUUGGAAAGCGGUCACGCCUACCACUGUUUCUGCACCCCCCAGAGGCUGGAGCUCCUCAAAAAAGAAGCCCUGAGGACAGGACAGACUCCCAGGUAUGACAACCGGUGUCGACAUCUUCGGGCCGUGCAGGUUCAGGAGAAGCUGGUCCAGGGAGCGCCUCACGUGAUCAGGUUUCGUCUCGAGGAGGGAGUGGAACCCUUCCAGGAUCUCAUCUUUGGGUGGAAUCGUCACGAGGUGGCGCAGGUGGAGGGCGACCCCGUGGUUAUGAAAGCAGACGGUUUCCCCACCUACCACCUCGCUAACAUAGUGGACGACCACUCCAUGAGGAUCAGCCACGUACUGCGGGGCUCCGAGUGGCUGAUCUCCACCUCCAAGCACCUCCUCAUGUACCGCGCCCUCGGAUGGCAGCCGCCCGCAUUCGGACACCUGCCGCUGCUGACCAACAAGGACGGCAGCAAACUAUCCAAGAGGCAGGGGGGCAUAUUCAUCCAAAGAUUCCAAACAGAUGGCGUCUUGCCGGAGGCUCUGCUAGACAUAACCACAAACUGCGGCUCGGGAUUCAGCACAAAUCGAGUUGGACGGAGGGUAGGUGAGCUGAUUUCCGAGUUUAACCCCUCAAAGAUCACGACGCACUCUGCUCUGCUCGACCUUGAAAAACUCCCAGAGUUCAACAAAAUCCACCUGCAGCAUCGUAUCGAAGACGAGCGGCAGUGCAAUUUUCUGAUAAAGGAUCUGCAGCGACAAAUCCGAGAGGCCUACCGGGGCGAGAUCCAGGAUGAAGAUGUCCUGCAUGAGGAUUAUAUCAGGCGGGUUCUACACUUACGGAAGGGUCACAUAUCCUAUCUGCGGGAGCUUGUCAGUCCCGCUUACUCGUACCUCUGGGUGCGUCCUGCCUUUUCCAGCCAACAGGUGGCGGCACUCUCCACAGAGGCCCUGCACGUCGCCACGCUGGCGCUUAAAUUAGUGGAGAAAAUGGGAGAGAGAGCAGCCGUAGAUCAACUGGGCAAAGACUUAAAGACACUGGCCAAGCAAACCAAAGGCACCAAAUACAGAGACGUGAUGAAGCUCUUACGACUGACUCUCAGUGGACUGCAGCAAGGACCCAGUGUCGCAGAGAUGAUGGUGGCUUUGGGGCCUGCAGAGACCCUCCAUCGGUUCCGGAAGCUUCUGCUCGAUAAGACCAGCUAG